AUGCUGCCUGCCGUCGUAAAGCUGUGCUGUGGAAUCUCCUACCCUCACCUGAGGACUAUGACAGGACUUCAACGCACAGCUUUGGCAGUAAUAGGUCAGGAGAUCACGUACCGGCAGCAAUCGGGACAAAUCCAACAUCAGCUCAGACCACAAGCCAGUUUACGUUUUCAUGAGGCCAGACCAGAAGAUGUGAAGCCAGCCAAAGCAGACGAGCUGUUCUAUGAGCAACAAGGCCGAGAAGCGAUGAGUAAAGCUCUCAGCAUGUUGGAGGACAAAGACGGAUGGAAGGCUGAGAUCACAGAGAGCAACGGCGACGUGAUCCAUAGCAAGGUGUUGUCGGGGUCCAGGAAGGUGUUCAGGCUGGAGGCCGUCCUGGAGGCCAGCGUGGAUGAACUUUACGACCUCCUGUUUGUCAGAGUUGAGGAAAUGCACCAGUGGAACCCGAACCUGCAGCACAUCAAAGUUCUAAAACACGUCGGACCAGAAACGAUCAUCACUCACGAGGUUUCAGCCGAGACGGCAGGAAACCUGAUUGGCCAAAGGGACUUCCUGAGUAUCCGACACAGCUGCAAACGAAAGUCCAGCGUCGUUAUCGGAGGAGCAGCGAUUCACCUGGAGUCAUUCCCACCUCAGGCGGGCUUUGUGAGAGCCGAGGACGGUCCAACCUGCAUCAUCAUACAAGCUCUGGACGAGGGUUCGAGGAAAAGCCGCUUCACGUGGCUCCUCAACAUGGACAUCAAGGGCUGGCUACCAAAGUCCAUUGUCAACCAGGCUUUGCCCCGAGCUCAGCUGGAUUUCACCAGACACCUCCGCAGACGCCUCGACUUGAGCUGA